AUGAAUAAUACAGAUAGUAAUAAUAGUAAUAAUAUGGAUAUUAACGUUGAAGAAAACUCAAUAAAUACUAAUAAUUCAACACCGAUUUUAAUAAAUAAUAAUAAUAAUAAUAAUCGUAAUUUCGAAGAGGAUGGAGCAACAUCAUCAUCACCAUGGAAAUAUGCGAGUUCACAAAGAGCAAAACCAUUAUCCCCAACGUCCUUAAAGAUUCAGGUGCCACCUCCAACAUUUUAUAUCGAUGAAACUGAAAAAAAUAUAAUACCCAUUAUUACACCAACGACCACUACAGAAACCAAUAAUAAAAGUAUUAGAUCUUCGACAUCAUUUUCAUCAUUCCCAAACACAACUAGCGAUAAUGGAUAUGAUGAGAAAUCCCAAUCAGAUUUUGUUAGAAAGCAAUCAAAUAGUAAAAAUUUCCCGCCAUUGUCAAUUAACCCAAGAAAACAAACUUUAAUAAGUAAAGUUAAAAAUGUGUUCCAUAAUAGUAAUAAUAAUAGCAAUAGUAAUAAUAGUUUAGAUAAGAAUAAUGAAGAGCCAGCGGUAUCAUAUAAAGAUAAAUUUUCAAUUAAUAUUUUAGAAAUAUUUGAUUUAUCUGAAUCUGAAAUUAUAGUAUCAGAGCAUCCAUGUGCCUAUCGUAGAAAAAUUUCAAAAGCAGGAAAAUUAUAUAUUACAACAAAUUAUUUUUGUUUCUAUAGUUUAAUUUUUAAUAAAGAAAUAAAGAAAUAUUCAGAUUUUAAAGAUGUUUUAUCAAUUAAAAGGGUUUCAUCAGUUAUUUUAGGAAAUUCAAUUGAAAUUACAACAACCUACAAGAAAUAUAUAUUUGGAAUGUUUGAAAGUACAGAAACAGCAUUCAAAUCAUUAAGUGAUCAACAUAAACUAUCUCUUCAGAACCCAAUACAGUCACAGCCUAAGAAAAUCCACCCAAGUAAUAGUUUUGAAAAGAAAAGGAAUAGAUUCUUUUCAGUGUCAGUUCAAUCACCAACAAAAUCAAUACUUAAAGAAACUAACCAUCCAAUUAUAAUAAAUAGUAAAUAUAGCAAUAGUGGUAGUGGAAACUCUGUAACUGCACCAAAUACACCACUCUCAAUAAUACCUCAAGACUAUAAUAGUAAUAGUAGUAAUAAUAAUAGUAAUAGCAAUAUUGGUAGUAUUUCCACAUCUCCAAGUAGUAUGGCAUCACCUAAUUUACCACCGCUAUCACCAUUAUCUUCAUCACCACUAUCACCAUCGUUUAUUAAUGGCUCAGCUAUAUCGUCUAGUUCAUCACCAACUACCCCAACUUUAAAUUCCACACCAACAAAAUCAAUUUUAAUUCAAGAUUCCAAAUUAAAACUUGAAACAAGAAGUAGAAGUGGUUCGCUACCAUCUUUUUAUAAUAAGGGAAAUAAAAAAGGAAACACAAAGAGCAAUAAUUUAAAUUAUUUAUUAUCUCCAGUAAAAGAUAAAGAUUCAAAAAUUAUAUUAGCUGCUGAAGAUGAUCAAGAGUCAUUGGAUAAUAAUAAUAGUGCCCCAACAUCAUCCCCAAGCUCACCAUCUCUAACCCCAGCUUACUCUCAAUCACCACCAAAACAAUUGGUAAAUGGUUCCCAAACCACUAAACCAACCAAAUCAAGAAGUGAAACUCAUAGAUCGAUUGCUUUUGGCCAAAAUAUAUUAAUAUCAUUAUUUAGCUCAAAGGAUAGCACAAGUAAUCAAUCAUCACCACCUAUAGUCUCACCAAGAUUUGAAUAUAGUAAUAGCAAUAGUAACAACAGUAGUGCCAAUAAUAGUCCUGGUGGUUUUAUUAAUAGCGAUACAUUUGACGAGCAACCAAUUAUUUCACCAAGAGAAAGAUCAAAUACCACUUUGGUUUUUAAAUCAUUCAAAAAUAAAAAUAAAGCUAAUAUAGAUCAACCAUCAACAUCACCACAUCCAACUACUUUAAAUCAUAGCCAUAAAGAUUCAUUAGAAAAAAUCAAUAAGAUGUUAAUCACUAGAAAUGCAAGAGGGGAUGUCCAACACUAUUGUUUUAAAGAGGAUGUAUUUGGUAUACCAUUAGAAUCAAUGAGACUGCUUGAUGACUCUCCAUAUCCAAUAUUUUUACAUCAUCUCAUCAAUCAUUUAGAGUCAACAAAAGAAUCUAUCGAGUUUAUAUAUCUACAUAAAUCAAGUAAAAAUCAUAACAAUGGUGAUAGUAAUAAUGAUAUACAAUUACUCGAAGAUGAAGAUUAUGAUGAUAUCAUGGCAGUAAAUGAAAAUUUAAAUAGUAACACAAGUUUAAAGAAUAGUAGUAAUACAAUGUUUAAUAUGGAAGAACUUAAUAUUAGCAGUAGUAAUAACAACAUCACCAGUAUUAAUAAUAGUGAAUCAAAUAUAGUUGAUGAUAAUGAUAAUCAAAAUAAUUUAAUUAAUAAUAGUAGUAGUAGCACAAUCAAAAAAAUCACAAUAAAUUCAUUAAUUAAAUUGGUUACAAGGGGUAAAGAAGAUGCAUAUAAAAAUUUGGGUGAUUUAGUAGAGGCCAAUUUAUUGGGUGAACUUUUAAUUUAUUUCUUCAAAGUUUUACCAAAUAAUAUUCUACCAGAUUUAUUACUAAAUGAUAUUGUAAAAGGAAUAACAGAAGAAAAUGAUGAGGGGUAUAAAAUUUCAUUAAUUAGAUCAAUCAUUUUCUCACAACCUCAAAUCCACUGGACUGUGUUAAAAUCACUUUUAACACAUUUAAUCAAACUAAUUCAAAUUGAAGUUAAUGAAACUUUACCAGCCGAUAUGAAUCCAAAUGAUAUUAUCUAUCAAGAGAAAUUGGAUAUUAUUCAACACAAAGUCGCAAAUAUUUUUGGACCAAUUUUAUUCAAAAUUAAUGAUAAUGCUAGUAUUGUUGUUUAUGACAAUGCAUUAAAAACCACAUUAUUUAUUAUUAAAAACUUCAAUAGGAUUUUUGAUAAUACCGAAAAAGAUUUUUCAAGCUAUAUGGUUAAAAAGGGUAAUCAAAUUGUAAAGCAUGCAACAGUAAAUCAAAUUUUAUUGAAGCUAUUGGAUCUCUAUUACAAAGAUGAAACAUUCUUAGAAAUUGUUAAUCUCUGCCAUCACGACUACUUCUUAUCAACAGACAAUUAUAUUCGAGCGCUAAUUAAUAUCUAUGGCCAAGAGAAACAUCGCGAAUUUUUGCAUUCUAAAACCCAAUUUUCUGAAUUUAGAAUGAAAAUUCGUGAAAGAACACUAUUUUUAAUUAGAUCACUGAUCGAAUUCAAACCAAUGUUUUGGAGCGAUUUGGACGAAUGCUCAACAUCGCUAGAGUUGAUCCAAGAUUUUACUGAAAAGUAUUUUGAUGGUCCAUCAGCAGGAAGUGCAUUACCAGUAGAAGAGUUUAAAUAUUUUCAAUUUUUUAAUGACUUUUAUAAACGUAUAUUAAAUUUCAAUGGCGGCGGCUAUAACAGUAGUUUUUCAACAACACCAACAUCAGUAUCGACAAUGUCAAUGAAUAAUUAUUAUAAUAAUUUUUCAUCUGCAUCAUCAGUUUCUUCAUCACAGGCUUCAACACCACCAACUACACCAUCAUCCGCAAAUAUACCACCAAAUCCAAUGGCAUUCAGUUCAGACUCUGUUCAAGUACAACGUCAACUACAAAAUUUUAUUUUAGGUGCUUCUAGAUUACAAUCUAAUAUCAAUCAAGAAUCAAAGAAGUUUAAUAUUUUCGAUAUGGAUACCACCCAAAUAGCAAUCCAAAUUACCUUAAUAGACGAAAAAGCUUUUAGAAUGAUAUCAAUUUUUGAAUUGUUAAAAAAGAAAUUCGUUAGAGCUGAUCUAUCACAAAACUUUCAAGCAAUGGUACAACUAUUUAAUAGAUGGAGUUCUUGGGUUGGUUCAGAAAUUUUAAAUUGUACAACUCCUGCUCAGCGUGCAUUAGUAAUCGAAAAGUUUAUAGAUAUUGCUACAAUAUUAAAAAAUUUAAAAAAUUUCCAUUGUGCUUAUGCUUGUACUCAAGGUAUCUACCAUUAUUCAAUUAAAAGACUCUAUUUAACUUGGGAUAAAAUUUCUAAAAAAUCUUUAGGCCAGUUUGAGGAAUUACAAAAAAUAUUUUCACCAGAAUCAAAUCAUAAAAACUAUAGAGAAAUUUUACAUGCAUCAUCUCCACCAUUAAUUCCAUAUCUAGGUUUAUAUACUAAGGAUUUAUUAUUUGCAGAGGAUUCAAACCCAAACUUUAUAUCAAAUCCAGAUAUCACCCCUAUAAGUUUUGAAGAGAAUGAAGAACAAUACAAAUCUACUCAAUUGAUUAAUUUCGAAAAGCUUAGAACCAUUCAUUUAAUUAUUAAAAAUCUUAAAUUCUAUCGUUCAAACCCAUAUCCAAUGCCAUCAAAUACUGCUCUUAGAGAUAGAAUUUUAUCAAGACCAAUUCUAAAUGAUGAUGAAAUGUUUGAUAAAUCUUUGCUAUUAGAACCAAGAAGACAAACCCAAUCAGUACUUCCAUUACCAAAUUUAAAAAACCAACAAAUUAUAAAUAGUUUAAAUAAUAAUAAUAAUAAUAGUUAG